UUAUUUAGAUGUCCUUAUGGGCUACAAUGGGACAAUUUUUGCUUAUGGCCAGACUUCUAGUGGAAAGACACACACUAUGGAGGGUAUUCUGGAUAGUGCUGUGUUACAAGGUAUCAUUCCAAGAAUUGUCAAUGACAUCUUUAAUUAUAUUUACACAAUGGAGGAAAAUGUUGAAUUUCACAUCAAGUUUCCAAGACGAACCUAUCAGUUCACGAAGAUAAAAAUCGUGUUCCAUAUGUCAAGGGAGUAUCGGAACGAUUCGUCACCACUCCUGAAGAAGUAAUGGAAGUGAUUGAUGAAGGAAAAUCUAAUAGGCACAUUGCUGUGACCAGUA